CCGGGCUUUUCCAAUUAUUCUGCUCUGGACAUUCUGCAUCGUUUGCCCCUCGCCUCAAAACGUCGCAGGCAUUCUUCACUUCUGCAUGUUCUACUCGUCGCCAUUUGCAUGACAAUAUCUUUCCACCUUAACAUGCCCUGAUUGCCGACCGCAUUGUCGAUGCCUACCCGAGGCUCGAGCAAUGCAGCAACAACAUCGUCAUCAUCACACACUUCCGUCAUGGAAAGCUCCCCUUCUACUCGGUUGCUCGAGGAGCCCGUGCCUCGAGCACCGAGUCAGAGAAUCUUCAGCAACGAUGAUACCACGGUGACACGGGCGGCCUCUUUGAAAACCCCCUCGCCGCAGGCUACCCGGCUGGAUAAGAGGAGUUGGGACUACAUCGCCCGCACAGGACUGGCGGGAGGAUUGGCAGGAUGUGCGGCCAAAACAGUCGUCGGCCCUCUCGAUCGUGUGAAGAUUCUCUUCCAAGCCUCAAACCCCCAAUUCGCAAAAUAUACUGGCAGUUGGUUUGGCGUCUUUACUGCAAUGCGUGACAUCAAUCACCAGUCGGGCCUCCGCGGCUUGUUCCGUGGCCACUCUGCCACCAUUCUGCGCGUGUUUCCUUAUGCCAGCAUCAAAUUCCUGGCUUAUGAACAGAUACGAGCAAUUAUUAUCCCAAACAAAGCUCAUGAAACCCCAGUCCGACGGUUUUUAUCAGGCUCACUGGCCGGUGUCACUUCCGUCUUCUUCACCUAUCCUCUCGAGGUCAUCCGUGUCCGCUUGGCUUUCGAAACGAAACAAGAUUCACGCUCUUCCCUAGCUCGCAUUUGUCGGCAGAUUUAUCAUGAACACCCUCCCCAGCCUCAAGCGUUAGCAGGCAACGGUUCGAUAGCCGCUGCUUCGAACAUUGCGACUCAGGCAAUUCCUAAGACGGGUCUGGCCAACUUUUAUCGUGGCUUUUCCCCUACCAUCCUUGGCAUGCUCCCUUAUGCUGGCAUGUCUUUCCUGACACACGAUACAAUUGGUGACUGGUUCAGACAUCCCGUUUUGGCCCCUUACACCGUGAUGCGGUCUUCUGCGACUAGCAACACGGCCGCGGGCGAUGGCACAGAGGCUACCACAAAGACUUAUAAACGCGUACCGCUCACUGCCCCAGCUGAGUUGAUCUCUGGUGCCUUGGCCGGCCUGGUCUCCCAAACGGCCUCUUACCCUCUCGAAGUCAUUCGCCGCCGGAUGCAAGUUGGUGGCGCAAUUGGUGAUGGCCACAGGUUGAGCAUCGCCGAAACCGCCCGGCGCAUCUUUAUGGAAAGAGGCUGGAGAGGCUUCUUUGUCGGCCUCUCGAUCGGUUAUGUCAAAGUCAUCCCAAUGUCAGCCACUAGCUUCUAUGUCUGGGAGCGAGGAAAGUGGUUGCUUGGGGUUGACUGAGCAAACGCAAACCUGCCAUCUUGUACACUUUCACACCUGUGAACAAAUGGCCCAAUCCAGACUCACACAAAUCACCUAUCAGGUGAAUAUGAGGUCCUCCCCAAACAAGGCAUUCAGGGCACGACUCGACAAAUAUCUCUAUGCCAUAUAAUGACACGAAGAGCACACACAUAGCAACCGCUUAUGUGAAGUCUGCUCUGAUAUGCCCGCAACAAGGCCAUUGAAGAGGCUUGUUUUCUUUGAAUGGUAACUUGACCACUUUACCGACUCCACCAGCCAAUUCGGUUGGUGUAUCAGUCGUAAGCCAUCGAUCUAGCAUAGCACAGAAAGGAACAAUGAUCAACUCCAGCAGCCCUGCUCUAGGGACAGAUAUUCGCAGCAGAAUGAGUUUGCGAACAUCGCAACGUCGAGGCAGCACGCGAUAUUGAGGAAGGACUACCGCCUGUUGAAUUGGAUACGGGGCGUCGCUGCAAAUCCCACGAACGAGAUGUAUAUACAUAAGCUGCGAGCUUAUCACGCUUGCUGGACUCCUGUUAGCAACCCUGUACUUGCCACUUACCAAAUUUGUACAAAUUGACAGUCUGGGAAAGCGACCCAGAACCUUGUCGGCAGCAACUCCUUUGAUCUUGUUCUGUACCCGAAUCAGUGGCUACAAGUGGCCUUGGAUAUCAUCGUCCAAUACGCACUAUCUCUGAGGUUCAUGAGACCAUCUGGAGAGCAAUGAGAAUGUAUGAAGCAAGAAAUCGGUUCCACCCUUUCCAGUGUGGGUGGACAAAU